UCUGUUUAUAACUUAAUAACACGCACAAAGGAAUUCACUUCGAUUUAUUUUCAAAUCAAAAGGAAGAAGACACUUGUAUGUAACUCCCCUGCAUGAAAACGAUCUCACAUAUCCCAACAAAUACCACAGCCUUAAACCCAAAUCACAACAUCUUCAAAAUCAAUAAUCCCAAUUCAAUCUUGAAUACCCUUUGCAGUUAGCCCUAAUUCACUCAAACUUUAGCACAUUUUUGCUGCGAUUGGUUACAAAGAAGAUGAUGAGGUGGGAGAAAUUGGAGAUACAAAGAGGAGGGCCAGGGAAGAGAUGGGGCCACACGUGCAACGCGGUUCGUGGUGGUCAGCUGCUCUACAUCGUCGGUGGUUACGGCGAAGACAACGCUCAGACUAACAAAGUUCACGUCUAUGACACCACUACAAGGACUUGGAGUGAACCUGAAAUGCAAGGCACGCUACCUGUUCCCAGAGAUAGCCACAGCUGCACCACUGUAGGUGAUAAGCUGUUUGUAUUUGGUGGCACAGAUGGGAACAUUCCUCUUAAGGAUUUACACAUUUUGGACACCUCCACAAACACAUGGAUGGCACCAUAUGUAAAAGGGGAAGGCCCAGAAGCACGAGAAGGCCACAGUGCUGCACUCAUUGGCAAAAGACUCUUCAUUUUUGGUGGAUGUGGGAAGUCUUUUGACACUCCUGUUGAAGAAUAUUUUGAUGAUUUAUACAUACUGAACACAGAGACAAUGCUAUGGAAGCGAGUGGCAACCACUGGAAUUCCACCAGCCAAACGUAAUAGCCAUACUUGUGUCUCAUGGAAAAACAAAAUCAUUGUGAUUGGUGGAGAAGAUACACAGAACUAUUACAUGUCUGAUGUCCAUAUGCUUGAUGCAGAUACACUUACUUGGACAAAAUUAGUGACCAAUGGUGAGCUUUUGCCACCUAGAGCUGGGCAUACAACGAUUGCAUUAGGCAAGAAUUUGUUUGUGUUUGGAGGUUUUACUGAUGCUGAAGAUCUGUAUAAUGACUUAUACAUGUUUGAUCUUGAAACUUUUACAUGGACUAAAGUUAUGACAAUAGGAGAAGGACCUUCUGCAAGAUUUUCAAUGGCUGGAAGCUCUUUGCAUCCACAACAUGGAGGUGUUCUUAUAUUCAUAGGUGGAUGCAAUAAGAAACUUGAAGCACUUGAUGACAUGUUCUACUUAUUCACAGGGAUUGUAACUGAAAAUGAAAGAGAUGAAAGAAAACUGGAGAAGUUAUCUUUAAGAAAACAGUUGAGAUUGAAAAGUCAAGAACAACAAGGUUUGACUUUGACUCCAGUUUGUGAUACUGAUACUCCACCAAUGCUUACCCUGGAGACUGAUAAACCAAUGGCAAUGCCAAGUCAUAUCCAAUUUCCACCAAAUAGACAGAAUGUGUAUGUGAAUGAGUAUCAUAAUCCAAAUGGGAAGAGAACAUUUCAAGCAAAAGUAACAAAAAACAUUACAAAUUGUUAUACAAUUGAGACAGUUAUAGAUGGGAAGCCUCUGCGUGGAGUUUUAUUCUCAAACAACAUCAAGAAAACAGCUGCUGAUGAUUUAAGAAGGAAAAGAGUUGCAGUUGAGAGUGGAAAAAAGGGAUUUGAGCAUGUGAUGAUGGAUACCACAAAGAGUCCUGAACCUGAACAACAUCAUACACCAGGUGCAACUUCUGCUGCUUCUGAUAUGAAGACACCAGCAGCUUCUAAUGCUUCUCCACCUCAUGAGGUUUCAGGAGGGGUAAAAUCGUCUUUAGAAGUUAACAAAUUGAAUCCAUCAACAGCAGCUGAAGACACUGCCAAUUCAAUUCCAAAUCCUAACCAUGGUCAUGAUGGUGAAUCUGAAGCUUUGACUGGUGAAGAACAUGGUGUGUUGGCUCCAACACAACAAGUAUGAAGUAUGAAAGAUUCUUCAUUUCUUCACAUCCACAAAUUCAUCAAGUCUUGUUUAUAUAAGGUAAGGUGAUUGCUGGAGUUAAAUUGGUAAAGAGUGAUUGAUGUUAUCAGUAAAUAAACAAACACGAAAGUCGAGUCACUAAUUCUAUUCCAUCAUUGUUACAAAUGGAGUAAAGCUAGCAUCAUAACAUCAACAAAACAAUGUAGUAGGAAGGGCAGUUUAGUCUUUUACUCUCUUGUCACAACAUCGCCUAUUAGUAUUAAGCCUUAAUUCUUUUAUUUAGCUGUCGUACCUUUUACCAAAAAUGUUAUGAACAUGAGUCGAUUUUUUUUCCUUCUUCUCAAUGUAACUUACGGGUUAUAAAAUUGGAUUCCAAUGAAACAUGGUGAGUCUAUGCCAUUUUGCGA